GAAGACCAAUCAUCCCAUCAAAGUGUCAUACAAUUCAGAUAGCCAGCUGCUACGCUUUAGGAGAAUCACCCCUGAACAGUACCUACUAAAAAUAAAUUUGAGCUACAUACAUUGUGUAGAUCAACGCCAUACCUUAAGAGCUGAUUUACACUUCGACAUUUUGACCACAUCAAACUAUCCUAUUAUCAAUAUAUUGAGAAAUGCUAGUCUUGAAGUUGCAAGACAUUUACUCGGGAAUUUUAGUAAUCGCCCUAUUGACAUUGGCUCAAAUUACCUACGCAUUCCAUGUGACAAGUUCGAACGGUUUAAGCUCGCCACCGAAGGCGAAUGUGGGGGACACAUACAGUUCGUUUGGAAGCGAAGCAACUAAUGGCAUCAGUGAUAAAAAAAUGUGGCCAGGUGCUUUGAACGCUUUACCAAUGACCAAUGGAACCAGAACCUCAGUUGAUAAGAGAGCUAAUCAGAGGCCGGCAGCAUUUGUAUCUUGGGUAAGAACCUCAACAGACCUAACAUUUUCUGUGGUGUACGCCGUAAGUGCACCCUGCGUUAAGAACGUAUGGAGUUUAGCCGAUGUGUAUUAUAAUACUGGAUUACCAGGAAAUGCUAUACUCAAUUGGUUUGAGGAAAGUUUAACAGCCGGAGAAGGUUCCGAUUCGUGGCUUAAUCCAGUAACAUGGCCCGAUGUGUUACAGGGAGAGACAGCUGAUGCCAUAAACUAUUAUUCGAUCCAUGAGGAUGGCAAUGUUAUUAUGAGUGUUAGUAAAGUCACAAUAGAAGUAAACGAUAAUACCUGGUUCGACCCCGAAGGUAUAGGUAGCUUUAUUUGGAGCGUAGCUGAAUCUAUGGGCCUAGGAACGAACGUAUACUCCAACUGGGUACCUACUAAUGAGGAGCAGGCUCCACCGGGAGGGUGGCGCCGCGAGGAAGGAGAUAAUGAACAAGACUACCAUUCCAUAGCUUAUUUAUAUGCUGCUAAUGACAACGUCUCCAGCGAAGAGCUGGAAUUUGUGUUCAAGGCUAUUGGCGAUAAUGAAGUAUCAGAUAUAGUAGACGAAAUGCAACACAACAAAAGUAGCAUUAAGCGUGCAUCCACGUAUAAUUGUCAAAGUUUGGAUGGUAGACAAUGCUAUUCUGGCAUUACGCCGUAUGUUAGUACACACCACCAAUCAACAUGUUACGGAUAUCAUGAAGGUUUCUAUCCUUAAGUAUUUGUUCAUAAUAGCAGUUAUUAAAUAAUUU